AUGUUACAAGAGGAAACAAAUGAAGAGUUCUCUUUUGAAAUUGAGGAUACCUCGGACAGCAUGACAAUGAUUACAGAUCUUCUUGGAUGUCUGUAUGAUCCUGAUAUCCAUGGUGAAGAAUCAAAAGGUUCAGCGGAACUAAUAGAUAUAAUUUAUGUUAAAAGGCUUUCCCCAGAGAUUCCAUUUCAACAAUCUGCAGUUGAUGUUUCUGACUCGCCUGAGAGGAUAUUUCCAGACAUUCUGUGUGAACUAACUAAACGUGAUAAAACUGGUCCGACUGAGAGCUUUCCAGUAGACCAGUUGCAAGCACAGGACUUGUCUCCACUACUUCCUGGUAGUCCAUUUUCAGUGUCCAGUGUUGACCCACAGAUCCAGAAUCAAAGGUUGAUCAUUGGCCGUAUGUUCGUUUUAUGGACUUCAAAAAGUCCGUAAAACUUUGGGUGGAGGGGGCAAUACUCCACACACUUCUCCCCUCAGAUGUUUUGAGGCCGAUUGAUGUCCCAUCUGUGGAGAUGAGAGGGUCUCGUGUAUACUAUCGAUUUACCAAAGAGACAGAGAAGACUUUUAGAGGAAAUGAAAUGAAUGAAUGAAAUUAUACUUUAAAUCACCUCAUCAUUAAAUACCU